AAUGCUUGCCUAGAUAGUCUGAGAAUGGUGAACUCAAGUUGCCUUUAGGAAUGGCUGCAAAGCCCACACCUGGAACUCUCCCCUCCCUGCUCCUCCACGGCAGGUUGCAUUUGGGAGACUAUGAUCAUUAGAGGAGAGAGACAGGAGUGAGCCAUUCACCAGCUCGCCAGCACUUGGGAGAAAGCAGCAGCAUGGAUGUGGUCGACAGCCUUCUUAUGAAUGGGAGCAACAUCACUCCUCCCUGUGAACUCGGGCUGGAAAAUGAGACGCUUUUCUGCCUGGAUCAGCCUCAGCCUUCAAAAGAGUGGCAAUCUGCAGUGCAGAUUCUCCUGUACUCCUUCAUAUUCCUUCUCAGUGUGCUGGGGAACACGCUGGUUAUAACGGUGCUGAUUCGAAACAAGAGGAUGCGGACUGUCACCAACAUCUUCCUGCUGUCCCUGGCUGUCAGUGACCUCAUGCUUUGCCUCUUCUGCAUGCCGUUCAACCUCAUCCCCAACCUGCUCAAGGAUUUCAUCUUUGGAAGUGCUGUGUGCAAGACGACCACCUACUUCAUGGGCACUUCCGUGAGUGUUUCCACCUUCAACCUGGUCGCCAUCUCUCUGGAGAGAUACGGCGCCAUCUGCAAACCCCUACAGUCCCGUGUCUGGCAAACAAAGUCCCAUGCUUUGAAGGUCAUCGCUGCCACCUGGUGCCUCUCCUUUACCAUCAUGACUCCGUACCCCAUUUACAGCAACUUGGUGCCUUUUACUAAAAAUAAUAACCAGACGGCGAACAUGUGCCGCUUCCUGUUGCCAAGUGACGCCAUGCAGCAGUUCUGGCAAACAUUCCUGCUCCUCAUCCUCUUUCUUAUCCCUGGGAUUGUGAUGGUGGUGGCGUAUGGACUGAUCUCUCUGGAGCUCUACCAAGGAAUCAAAUUUGAUGCCAGCCAGAAGAAAUCUGCUAAAGAGAAGAGGCUGAGCAGUGGCAGCAGUGGCCGAUACGAGGAUAGUGAUGGCUGUUACUUGCAGAAGUCCAGGCCCCCGAGGAAGCUGGAGCUUCAGCAGCUGUCCACCAGUAGUGGUGGCAGAGUCAACCGGAUCAGGAGCAGCAGUUCUGCUGCCAACCUGAUAGCCAAGAAGCGCGUCAUCCGCAUGCUCAUCGUCAUUGUGGUCCUCUUCUUCCUGUGCUGGAUGCCCAUCUUCAGUGCCAAUGCCUGGCGGGCAUAUGACACGGUUUCUGCUGAGAAACACCUCUCAGGGACCCCCAUCUCCUUCAUCCUCCUCCUCUCCUACACCUCCUCCUGUGUUAACCCCAUCAUCUAUUGCUUCAUGAACAAACGCUUUCGCCUGGGUUUCAUGGCCACCUUCCCUUGCUGCCCAAAUCCUGGUCCCCCAGGGGUGAGAGGAGAGGUGGGCGAGGAGGAGGAUGGGAGGACCAUAAGGGCAUCACUGUCCAGAUAUUCCUACAGCCACAUGAGCACCUCUGCCCCACCCCCCUGAGCUGUACCUGGUCCACUG